AUGUUUGCCUCUACAUGCAUGUAAAAAAGUAGAACCUUAUUGAUAAUAUCUACUGGAUCUCUAGUUGGAGUAUGUAUAUGAUAUAACAAUAGGAGAUUGAAGCAUUGCUUGAAAAACCAUAUCAAACAACAGCGAAAAGUAAUGUUCAUUACAGUAAAAUACUUUUGAUUCCGGAGGAGAUAUAUAUAGAUUUAAAAAAACAAGAUUAUUUGCAUUAGAGCAUUGAAACACAGCAUUUAAAAGAUUAAUUAAUAUUGAGGAAGAUUAAUUAAUUAAAGAGAAGAAGAUUAGAAUUAUAGGAGGUUUCUCCAGAUAGAAAUUUAUCUCCAUAAACUAGAAUAAGUCGAGAAGACUAUAUUGUUUAAUAAAAUAAGAGGAUAUAAAAGAAAUAAAAUUUUGAAUUCAUUAAUUUGACACCAGAAGCUCCUUUAUUUUCAGUAAAAAAAAUAAAACGGAUAGCUGCUCCAGAAGAGAAACAAGAAAACAGAACAAGAUCUAUAUCAGCACCUACAAAGGCUAAAAUGUUAUCUACUAUAAAAAGUAUAAACAGUACUGAAAAAAUAUUGAAACCAGAAGAGAUUAAUAGAUCUCGUGCUAAUACUAUAAAUCUAGGAGAAAAGUGUAGACCUGUUUCUCGAGUCCUUUGGUAAUAAAUAUUUCAGAAAUUUUGA